AGCGCUCGGUCUGGCCCCGCCCCCAGGGUUCAGUCACCGCAGAGAAGAAGAAGAAGGCGAGUCUACGGCUAAAAAUAUAAUCGCUAACAAGAUGGCCGGUUUGCCUCGUAGGAUUAUAAAGGAGACACAGCGGUUGAUGGCUGAGCCAGUUCCAGGGAUCACGGCUACGCCUGAUGAAGGGAAUGCACGCUACUUCCACGUGGUCAUCGCGGGGCCUCAAGACUCUCCUUUUGAAGGAGGGACGUUUAAACUUGAACUAUUUCUUCCAGAAGAGUAUCCCAUGGCAGCUCCCAAAGUGCGAUUCAUGACCAAAAUCUAUCACCCCAAUGUUGACAAACUGGGAAGAAUAUGUUUAGACAUUUUGAAAGAUAAGUGGUCUCCAGCUCUGCAGAUCCGCACAGUGUUGCUAUCUAUCCAGGCAUUAUUAAGUGCCCCCAACCCAGAUGAUCCCCUGGCAAAUGAUGUUGCAGAGCAGUGGAAGAAAAACGAAAGCCAUGCCAUUGAGACAGCCCGAACAUGGACCAGGCUCUACGCCAGCAACACUGAAGUAUAGAAGAAGAGGGAAGAGGCUUCUGAAUGUGAUCCACAAAAUGUACUCCUAUUCUGUCAACAUUUGAAUUUAAUGGACACAAAAAGAAAAAAAGAGAGAAAAAAAAAGAUAAGUCCAAAUCUAUUUGAGAGAAAUGACGAGAUUUACUGCUGCAGACCUCCGGGUGACUUAUUUUCCUCUCUAUGACGCGUUAAAUGUGUGAUAGCCCCCCCACACUUUUUUUUCUGUUCUUUUUGUUUUCCUCCCUCUUUCAUUGCUAUUUAAACGCAUGGACAGAAUGACACCCUCCCCUCUACAGUCUUAAAAUCACAUGCAAUAUGUUGUCUUGAGCUAGGCACAUACUGGUACGUUUGCAAAAUGUUCAUGCAUUAAAGCUGUCCUUCUUUUAACACAUGCAUUAUUUGUCAACACAUCUGUAUGUCUUUUUGUGAGAAAUGACAUUUUGUGUUAUUUCAGCACAUUGAUUACAGUUGUCGUCUUCACACAUUGGUUAUGAGGCAAAAUACAAUUUAAGGUUUGUCUUUGCCCAUUAGGGAGCAUGUUUUUAAAGGAGGUAAAGAGCGUACAUGCAACAAAAAGGUUGGUCUUCGCUCCGUGCAGACAAGCAUGUCACAACUCUGAGUGUUGCACCUACAGUAGUUCAGCAUCCUCCGAGAAGCACAUGGGGCAAUGAAGACAGUUCACGAAAGGUGACAUGAUUAGCAUAAUCCCAUAAGAAACAAAAACACAAAUAAAUAUAGACACUCUUGAACCUUUCUAGGCAUAAACUGAUAUUUUACUCUAAAAUAAAUCUGAAGAUUUUGUGAAAUGGCUACCAAAUUUGCUAUCAGAGAACCCAUGCAUACUCACACCCACGGCUGAUGUGUAUAAGCACGGCCCUUUGUAGUCCAUGUAGAUGGCAUGUUAUCGUUGUUUACGUUAGUGUUUCAACAUGGGUCUUGGGAUAGAAAAGAUGCCAGUUAGGUGAGCAAAUCAAUCCAAAAUCUAGUGGUUUUAUGAUCCUGACAGCAGGCCGAAAUGUGACUUUUAACAGGUUCCAUCACUGAACUGGAUGUCAUCUUUGUUGCAUUCAUUUCCUCCGUCAGCGAGUUUUGUGGACAGUGUGGGGAGGGUGUGUCGAGUACUUCCACAUCCUUAAAAAGUUUGAGACUGAAAACUUUUUAAGACUGCAGGAACCUCAUUUGCUUUUAUUUUAUUGUUUAGACACCAUUUGCUUAUGCUAUAUGUUGCCUGUUCUCUUUUGUUUUCAGUGUUACUUCAUUUGAAAGAGCCAGAACCAAACUGAUAUCGGGGCUCUUUGAACUUGUCUUGCCAUGGGGUUUGGUCAGAGUUGUGGUGUUUUGGGUUGUUUUUUUUUCUGUAAAGGGAAAGUUUAGGUGUUUGUCAUCAGUUACAUUGUUGGUCAAUAAUGCUUUUGCUCUCUGUGAUAUGGAUGUAAUGAUUAUACAUACAAGUGCAUUUAAUUGAUUUCAGCAGGGGAAAUCGGGUCAUUGUGGUUGCAGUAGAAAGUGAUGUUACAAAUAAAACGUACCGAAACUUGAA